GAUGUUGAGUACUCAUUUAACAAAAACAGACAUCCAACAUCUUCACUUCACUGUUUCUCUUUCUCUGUCCCGUCUCCCACUGCUCCUUUCUCCCUCAAAACCUCAUUCUCUGUCUCACAUUGCUGCUCCCAAACAAACACCGCAUAUUCACCCCCCUGCUGCACUCUCGUUGCUCCCCUAACCACCGUCGCCCGCCGGGUGUUCUUCUCUUCUCUAAAUUUUUUUAGAAAAUGGAAUUUUGCCCCAGUUGUGCGAAUUUACUCCAAUAUGAAAUGAGUAAUCCCGCUAGGUUUUUCUGUCGCACAUGUCCAUAUGUGUCUGCUAUAGAACCGAAGGUGAAAAUUAAGAGAUCAGUGCAGCUUGCCCAUAAAGAGGCAACACCAAUUGCUGUAGGGCAAAAGAAUGUAGGGCCAACCACCGAGGCUCCAUGUCCAAAAUGUCAUCAUGGCAAAGCGAGUUUUUACCAAAUGCAAACGAGAUCAGCUGAUGAACCAAUGACAAUAUUUUACACAUGCUUGAACGAGAGUUGUGGCCACAAAUGGAAAGAAGAUUAAUUUUUAUCGCCUUUUCAUCAAUCAACAGUAUGUCUUCUUCAAAUAUACUUCAAAACUUACCUUUUCUGCUGUUCUGGCAACUCUUGCAGCUGGAGAUUGUUGUUUUCUCGACAGGAAUAUACCUGUAGUUCUUAAACGAAGGCACAUACGCAGAGCUAUACAGUUUUGGAAUUUGUUGAUGAUUUUUGUUAAUGUAUUGAGAAGUGUAAAACGUGAUUUUUGACAUUCUGAUUUAACCUUAGAUGCUAAAAUGCAUUUUGGUGAUUAUUGAUCACUUCCUGAAA